GCCAGCUGUCAAAGAGGCAUCCCGGGCUCCGCCGGCGGGAGCAGCCUUAUGUGUCCCUAAGCCGCGAAGCCCCCUUGGCCCCGCUCGCCAUGAACACCGAGGAGCAGUAUUACGCCUCGGCGCAGCUCUACAAGGAGUCGUGCGCGUUUCAGAGAGCCCAAGCGCAGGACUACAACCCCAGCCCCCCCGCCUGCCUGUACAUGGGCAGGCAGCAACAGACUCCCUAUUCCAGCGCCUUAGGGGCUCUCGAGCAAGGCAGCCCUCCAGACAUUUCACCUUACGAGGUGCCCCCCAUCACUGAGGAUGCCGGGGUCUCCCACCUUCAUCACCAUCAUCACCACCACCCUCAUCUUCCUCCUCCCCACCAGGACGCGCUGCCUUUCGCAGACGGGGCGGACACGGGGGCUUUAGAGGAGCCCCGAGUGCAGGUGCCUUUCGCCUGGAUGAAGUCCACCAAGUCGCACGCCUGGAAGGGACAGUGGACCGGUGGAUCCUACAUGGUGGAACCGGAGGAGAACAAGCGGACGAGGACGGCGUACACGCGGGCGCAGCUGCUGGAGCUGGAGAAGGAGUUUCUCUUCAACAAGUACAUCUCCAGGCCGCGGCGCGUGGAGCUGGCUGUCAUGUUGAACUUGACCGAGAGGCACAUCAAGAUCUGGUUCCAGAACCGGCGGAUGAAAUGGAAGAAAGAAGAAGACAAAAAGCGAGGGGCGGGCAACAGCAAUGACCCCGAGCAAGACUGCGUUGUGUCCUCCGGGGAGCUGCAGACCAAGUAGGAUCUCCAGCCGUGUCCCGCCGGGAACCUUCCCUCGGGAGCCUCCAGGGACCUUCUCGCCCCAAGCCUAGUCGCCAGAAGGCAGCAGGACUCUCGGUGAGCCGCGGGGAGCUCCACGGCCCGGGACGAGGAAAAGGAUGGGACGUGGGAAAGAGCCGAGAGGCUGGGGCCAGCUUCCCUCCGCCGUGCCGUGCCGUGCCGUGCCGUGCCGUGCCGUGCCGUGCCGUGCCGACCCACUCGCGCCUUCCCCCGGGGAAACGCGGUGCCUCCCCUCCGAACCUGGCGUUCUCCGGAGGGUGACUGUAAGAUGCCCAGCUGUGUCAAGGGGAGGCUCGCUGCGGGCGCUGGCGCCGGAG